UUAAAUUGCCCCCCUCUCCCCCGGCCCGAAAGCUAGCGUUUUUUUAUCUCGCCGACCGCCGACCGCCCUCAUACACGCGUCAAGCGAUUUCCCGGGCGAUUCGCAUUCCCGUGGAGUCCAUCGGCGGAGGCUGCGAUUGGGGAUUGGGGGGCCUGCGAGGCGUGGAGUCAGGAGCUUGAUCCGGGGGCCGAGCUUCCGGGGGAUUGAUUGGUUGGGUUCCAUCUGCGGAGGCCGGGCAAGAAAAUCAUUGCGACUGGAGGCCGCGGAGAGGGGGCAUGGGGGCGUGGGUGUCGGGCCUGCUAGGAGGGGCGGACAGCGCGGCUGCGGCGGCGGCGGCCGCCGCCGGGCCUGCUGCUGUGGGCCUGGGCGACCUGCCGGAGCUCUGCGCCGCCCAGGUGCUACUCCGCCUCGACCCGCCUGAGAUCUGCCGGCUCGCGCGGCUCAACCACGCGUUCCGCGGCGCGGCGGGGGCGGACUUCGUGUGGGAGGCCAAGCUGCCGGAGAACUACCGCUACCUGAUGGAGUUCGUCGGGACCGGCGAGGAGGGGAGGCGGCGGCGGCGGCGGGCCGGGAAGAAGGAGAUCUACGCAAGGCUCUCCAAGCCUGUGCCUUUCGGUGACGGCCAGAAGGAAUUCUGGCUGGACAAGAGCAAAGGCAUGAUUUGUAUGGCUCUGUCCUCAAAAGCAUUGGUGAUUACUGGGAUUGACGACAGAAGAUACUGGCAGCACAUGCCAACUUCAGAAUCAAGGUUCCAAUCUGUAGCUUACCUUCAGCAAAUCUGGUGGUUUGAGGUUGUUGGCGAAGUCGAUUUCUGCUUCCCUGUUGGAACCUAUAGCCUGUACUUCAGGGUCCAUCUCGGGAAGUUCUACAAACGAUUUGGCCGCCGCCAUUGCAGCUCAGAGCAUGUCCAUGGUUGGAACAAGAAGCCUGUCCGCUUCCAGCUCUCAACCUCCGAUGGUCAGCAAGCAUUGUCUCAGUGCUACCUGGAGGAGCCCGGGAGCUGGGUCUUGUACCACGCAGGUGAUUUUGUGGCCUCAAAGCCCGACCAGCUGAUGAAACUGAAGUUCUCCAUGGCGCAGAUUGACUGCACACACACAAAGGGCGGCCUGUGUGUCGACUCGGUGCUUAUAUACCCAAAGGGGAAGGGUUUUCAGCAUGGGAGGGUGGUCAGGUCUCGGAGAUGACGAGAUGAGAGUGUAGAUGUUGUGGAGGUUACUCACAUUAGGAUGUUAGAGCGAAUGCAGCUUGUAGCCUGAUCCUAUUUUCAAUUUGGGCUCUAGUAUGCAGCAGAGGGAAGUGUACAUGGUUGUAGAACUGAAAUUUUGUAUGGUCGAGUGAUAUUAGGGCCCUUUGUCAGUCCUUUCCCAAGGUCCUUUUUACCCCCCUUGAGCUGAAUUGAGACUCGAGAUAGACUGUACUGAUUUUUCUGUGAUGUUUCCCAAAACUUGUAAUUUCUGUGGUGAUGUGGUUCUGCCCCCUUUGAGCUGGUGAUGAAACGUGCUCAAACAUACUGAAAUGAGUUGGAAAA